UCCCAGGGUGAGCCACCAGCCUUCCCAGCAAAGGAGAGGGCAGAGCAGCCCGGGGGAACUCCUGCAGUGCCCAAAUUCUCAGCAAACACUAAAGGAACUCCUGUAACGUGUGCUUGGUGGAGGUGCCUUCCCCGGGGAGCUCUGGGCGCCCCAGCAGCGGUGCGGGACGCUGAGGGCAGGGAGCAGGCAGGGCUCUCGCUGUGCCUCACCUGCGGCAGGUGAGGAGGGUCGGGACAGCCACGUGACGAGCGCUGCUGAAGGUUUUUAGAGGCGGCUGCCGGUCCCUGGAGGAGUGUCACCAUCACCUCCCGGGAGGCAGGAGCACAGCAGCGCCUCUCCCGCUCCCCCUCGCCGCUGCCAUGUCCGGAGUAGCCGCGGGGAAAGGCACGGGGCCAGAGCCCGACAGCUCCGAGGAGGAGUUGGAAGUGGGGGACGCGCCCCAGGGGUGCUACAGGCAGGGUUUGUGGGUCUCCCAAGGCAGGGAAGCAGACGCCAGCCCGGGGGACACGGGAGGGAUGCAGGUGAGGAAGAGGAGCAGGCCAGCACGCUCCAAGGCCAGGAGGAUGGCUGCCAACGUCAGAGAGCGUAAGAGGAUUCUGGACUACAACCAAGCCUUCAACGCCCUGCGGCUGGCCCUCAAGCACGACCUCGGGGGCAAAAGGCUUUCUAAAAUCGCGACCCUCCGGCGAGCCAUCAACAGGAUCACGGCUCUGUCGCUGUCCCUGCACGGAGCCGGGCGCUGCUGGCCCUGUGCCCACUCCGAGUGCCACGCCCGGGCCGGGGUCCCUGCGCAGGAGUCGGGGGUGAAGGGCUGCCGUCCCCAGCUGCCCUGGGAGCCCGGUUCCGCAGGGACACGGUGCCCUCCGACCCCUCUGUGCGCUGAGUUUUCCCCCCAGAGGCAGCUCCAUCACUACGAGAGCCCGAAGGACCAUCGCCCCCUGCCCAGCCCCGCCGGUUCCUCCAGCGGGACCCCGCACCCCGCGCCCCGCGGCCAGCAGCGAUUUACGGGCAGCCUGCAAGAACCUCUAGCCGGGGCGGUCCCCUGGCAGCUGGGUUACUGCCAGGGCUGGGGACAGCAGCAGUGCCUCCCCAUCCCCUGACCUCAGCGCUGGGGUGGCCGGACGGUGCCGGGAAGGUAACGGA